CCUAUAAAUGAUGGAUACCAUGAAUCGCCCCACUUGACCAAUCACCACAUAUAAUAUAUCGGAAAACUCCUGUUACUCUCCCCCAUUGUCGAGGAGGCACGCUAAAAAGCGAGCUUAACGAAAUCCUUUGCAUAAGCUUUGCAAUGCCCGGUUUCAUUGCCGCAAAGAAGCAGUUUGCCGAAUCGGAGAUGAGCCUCGGCUCGGAAACUUCUGCUGGGCUGAACCCUGAAGGGCUUUCGACCGAAGCAGAAAACGGGUUUCAUUGGGCUUUAAUACCCGGGUUACCCGACGACGUUGCAAAGUUUUGCCUUGCUUUAAUACCCAGGUCCUAUUUUCCCACUAUGGGUACUGUGUGCAAGAGUUGGAGAUCAUUUAUCCAAAGCAAGGAGUUUAUUAUAGUGAGAAACGAGGCGGCGAAAUUAGAGGAGUGGAUAUAUAUGUUAACCGGCAAUGAAGAAGGGAAGGGGAGUCAUUGGGAGGUGCUAAGCUGCUUCGGGAAAAAGCAGUUUGCUCUUCCUCCUAUGCCCGGUCCGACGAAAGCCGGUUUCGGAGUAGUUGUUCUCGAUGGAAGGCUUUUGGUGAUCGCAGGUUAUUCGGCUGAUCAUGGGAUAGAAUAUGUUUAUGACGAGGUUUAUCAAUAUGAUUCGCGACUCAACAGAUGGAGCAUGCUUGCUAAGAUGAACAUUGCGCGCUACGACUUUGCAUGCGCCGAGGUCAACGGGGCGGUGUACGCUGUGGGUGGCUAUGGAUCGGGCGGCGAUAGCUUGUCGAGUGCCGAGGUGUAUGAUCCCGAUCGAAACGAGUGGAGGCUCAUUGAGAGCCUUAAGAAGCCUCGCUACGGAUGCUUCGCGUGCAGCUUCGAGGACAAGCUCUACGUGAUGGGCGGCCGCUCCAGCUUCACGAUCGGCAGCUCCCGCUCCGUCGACGUGUACGACCCGUCGUACCACUCUUGGUGCGAGAUCAAGAACGGGUGCGUGAUGGUCACCGCGCACGCGGUCCUCGGAAAGAGACUGUUUUGCAUGGAGUGGCGGAAUCAGAGGAAGCUGUCGAUCUUCGAUCCGGCCGACGGCUCGUGGCGGAAGGUUUCGGUGCCCCUGACGGGCAGCUCGAAGAUAGGGUUCCGCUUCGGCAUUCUCGACGGGAAACUGCUGCUGUUCUCACUGGAGGAAGAGCCCGGAUACCAGACGCUGAUGUACGAUCCGGAUGCCCCGAUGGGAGCAGAAUGGCGGAUAUCGACGGUUAAGCCGUCUGGGCAGUGCUUGUGCACUGUGACCAUCAAAGCGUGAAUGUGUCGCAUCGAGUUCGAAUCACAUCUAGUUCUCGGCGAGGGCAAGGUAUUGUCGCUGUCGCUGUCGCUGUCGUUUUAUUUUUGACAAACACAUGAGGCUAUGUUUAUUUAUGUGUGCUUCUCUUUGAGCUUUAUCUUUAUUUGCAUGUGUUUUCAUCAGAGGUUCAUGAACUAUAUAAUGAAAUGCUUAUAUGAGUUAAGUAUGUUGAAUUAUUUAUGAGAAAGAUCGAGGCCCACAAUGAAAAGUACAAGAGUUUUAAAGGA